AUGCCGCCGAUUCUGCAUACACAUCUCGACGAUAAAGAAAUCGAGGAGUUAUUGGAAUCUUCAGAAAUUGAAGAUUUCAUUCCAUCUGACGUAGACGUAGGUGACCCCGAGUGGUCAAUUCACCACGUAAGUGUAUCUAUACCUUCAACAUCAUACUCGGGAGAUUCUUCCUCCGAACCUGAAAGUGAUAAGGAAAACUCCCAAAAGAAAAGAAGACGACGUGGAAGAAAGCGUGGAAAAGGACGAGUAAGGGGUGGAGGCAGAGCAAACCAUCAAGCUUCUCCUCUUCUCUCCUUUCCUUCGGAGCGCGGAACAACAUCUUCAGCCGGUGUUAUUAAAGACUGGCUGGCAAAAAAUGCUAUACAGCCCUCCCCAGGAGCAAAGUUAAAUGAUGAUAUCCCUAAUAAAAUCUUACCAUUAAGAAGUAUAUUAUCUGGUUCUUCGCGAUUCGGUGGACAGGGAUUGUCGGAAGAUGUGCAACUGCAGUAA